GAAGAUGCAUGAUGUGAUUCGUGACAUGGCUUUGUGGAUAGCACGUGGAAUUAAAGAGGAAAAAUAUAUAGUGGAAACUAGUGCCCAAUUAACUGAAGCACCAGAGAUUGAAAAUUGGAGGAUGAUAAGAAGAUUGUCAUUGAUGAAUAACAAGAUUCAGAGUCUAAGAGAAACACCCGAUUGUCAUGAUCUCCGAACCUUAUUUCUUGAAAAUAAUGAUUUGCAAUCAAUGAGGUUAGCCAAGGACUCUUUCCAAAAUAUGGUAGUUUUGAACUUGUCAAACAAUCAGCAUUUAGCAGAAUUGCCGGAGGAAUUUCAAAUUUAGUUUCUUUGCAGUGUCUCAAUAUCAGUGAUACUGGUAUAAGACAGUUGCCGAUGGGGUUAAGUAGCUUAACAAAGUUGAAAUGUUUGAACUUGGAGGGAACAUCGGAUCUUGAGACAAUCCCCGAAGAACUAAUUUGUGGUUUUUCAAGGCUGCAAGUGUUGCGGAUGGGGAGUACUGGUUUUCAAGCCGGUAUAGCGGUAAAUGGGAAUAUCAGCUACAGCAGACUUGAGUGCUUGGAGCGCUUGAAAUAUUUGAACGCCUUAACAAUAACUAUAUGUAAUGACUCUGCUGUUGAAGGUUUCUUAAGCUCUCACCGCAUACAGGGUUGCACAGAAGGAUUAUGCAUUUAUCAACGGGAGAAUGGCUCUUUGUUUUCGCUGAAAACUUUAUGUUUGCCACCCAUGAAGCGACUUAAUUAUCUGACAUUGAUGGGCGCAAGUAUGGAAGAAGUGAAGACGCAGUGGGAUGAGGAAGGAAGAAAGAAACAGACACAGUAUGACUUUCAAACCUCUGUGAUUGCAAGUGAAAGAAACUUCUACGACUUGCGGAGGGUCGACAUACAUAAUUGCCCAAAUUUAAAGGACAUUACAUGGAUCAUUUGGGCCCCAAAUCUGACAAGUCUCAUUGUGUCUUGCUGCUUUAGUAUGAAAGAAAUAAUUAGUGAGGGUGGAGUUGCAGCGAUGACCGGGGAUCUUAUCUUGUUUGAGAAACUCCAAAUCCUGGUUCUAAUUUGUCUACUAAAAUUGACGAGUAUCCACAGGUUUGCACUUUCCUUCCCUAGUUCGGCUGCAAUUAGAGUACAAGGUUGUCCAGAGCUGAGGAAACUUCCACUUAGCUCCAACAGCGGAGGGGGUAGAAUCAUCAUUAGAGGAGCGCAACGGUGGUGGAAUGAGCUAGAAUGGGAGGAUGAAUCCGCACGGGACACUUUUCUUCCGUAUUUCCAACGUACAUCUUAAAUUGCUUCAACGCAGGAUGAAUCCACAGGGAACCCUACUUUCACUCUUCUCAGUGUCUUGUUUGGCAUGUUGGUGUGUAAUGAAUGAAUGAAAAUUAUGACAAUAGUAUGUCAUGGUACUCUUUUAUUUUAAAUUCAAAGAAAAAAAAUGUACUAUUUUAUUUUACCUUAUUUAAGCUGUUUUUCUUUUUUUUUUUGAAAUCGCUGUGUAAUGUUUGACAAUGAUGUGGUGUACAAUAAAAAAAUAAUUAUUAA